AUGUAUCAAAUACUAAAAAGUGUCUCACAUUUUUAGAACGAGUGCAUUCUCACCUAUUCGAAAGAGAAGCUAAUAAUAUACACCAAAGAAAUAUUGCAACAUAUGCAAGUACUAACAUCAUGA